AUGACGUCGGUCCUAUUUCGUUGUGUCGCUCGACGAUGUUUUUCUGUUUAUCGUACCGAUACUUCCAAACCAACUACACCACCCAAACCAAAACUAAAUAAAGAAACACAAAUAACAGCAUUUAAAGAGGAUAUUGACCAAAAACAUGUUGUUGUACCGAGUAACAGAGAUUUAUAUUCACCCGACACAUCAACACACACUGGACAAGUUUAUGAUAGUGAUGAUUAUCGUAAUGCACGAUUUCUUAAUAAAGGAAAACUUAUAAAUCCUCGAUUUGCUAUUGAUUUGAUUGCAGACGAUCCUGUUGUUGUUUGCGAAGCAAGAGGAGUGUGGUCUGACUCUGGUGGACCAUUAGGGCAUCCAAAAGUCUAUAUUAAUCUGGAUAAACCCACUGUGCAUAGUUGUGGCUAUAGCGGUCGCAAAUUUAUCCAAGCAAAAUAUUAUGAUGAGAGUAAACAUGGCCCGAGUAUAACCUAUAAUGAAUAUGUUCAACAAGUUCGAAAUGAAGCAGAUUUUUAUAACGAUGCCGCAUUAAAUCAAGAUUAUCACUAA